UGGCGCUGCUCCAGCAGUGUGGUACUUCCGCUGUACACUAGAGUGGCAAUGCAAGUGUUUUUGUGUAAUUUACUUACUGUGGAGUGAUUUUACAGACAUUGGACAAUACAGUACAGGUUCCGAAGCCUUCCUGUAGCCAGAGUUGAAAAUGGAUGUCCCCACGCCCCCGGAAGAUCAAGAACUGCGGAAUGUGAUCGACAAGCUGGCUCAGUUUGUCGCUCGGAACGGACCGGAGUUUGAGAAGAUGACUAUGGACAAACAGAAGGACAACCCCAAGUUCUCCUUCCUCUUUGGAGGAGACUUCUUCAGCUACUACAAGUGCAAGCUGGCUUUGGCGCAGCAGCAGCAUCCCUCUACCCGCGAUGGGGAGGAAUAUAAAUCUGAAGAGCUCUACAACCCAGGCACCUCAGACAUGCUUGACAUCCCUCCCCCGCCUAUGGCCAUGAUACCUCCGCCUCCCAUCCCUCCGUCCUCCGCCUCGACGCCCGCCAUCGAUGACAUCAUCCAGCAGAGUCAGUGGAACUUGCAGCAUCAGGAGCAGCACCUGCACACACUCAGACAGGAACAAGUUAGCGCAGCCAUAGCUUCGGCCGCUGAACAGCAGAUCCAAAAGCUGGUGGUGGAAACUCAGCUGGACGUCACCGAGUUUGAUAACCUGCUGCAGCCCAUCAUUGACACCUGCACCAAAGAUGCCAUUUCUGCUGGUAAGAACUGGAUGUUCAACAAUGCCAAGACUCCGCAGCACUGUGAGCUGAUGACAUCACACCUUCGCAACCGCAUCACUGCAGAAGGAGCACAUUUUGAGCUCCGCCUGCAUCUCAUCUAUUUAACCAAUGACGUUCUCCAUCACUGUCAGCGCAAACAGCAGAAGGAUUUGUUGGCAGCUCUGCAGAAAGUUGUGGUUCCAAUCUACUGCACCAGCUUCUUGGCUGUGGAGGAGGAGAAGCAACAGAAGAUCACCAGGUUGUUGCAGCUUUGGGAGAAGAAUGGCUACUUUGAUGAGGAGACCAUUCAGCAACUCCAGAACCCAGCACUGGGCCUGGGCCAGUACCAGGCCUCUUUGAUAACGGAAUAUGCCAGCGUGGUGCAGCCCAUCCAGCUGGCCUUCCAGCAGCAGAUCCAAGUCCUGAAGAGCCAGCAUGAGGAGUUUGUGACCAGCCUGAAGCAGCAGCCCGCUCCUCAGCUAGCCCCGCCUACUGACUCCGAAAAGGCCCCACCCAUGACUGUGCAACCUGCAGAGGUGAAGCCGCCCAUGUCAGGUCCUUCACCAGGAGACUUUGACGAAGCUCCAGCUGGACCUCAGGACCCAAGCAACACCAGUGGACCCUCGGAGCUCCCCCCCAAGCCUGCGUGGUACGACCCCCAGCACAUGGGCCCUUGGAACCCCAACCAGCCGCCUCCCUUUGACCCAAACCUGCCCCCACCUCCGUGUCCGCCGUGGAACAGCCAUGAGGGAAUGUGGAACGAUCAGAGGGAGCCGGGGAACUGGAGCGGGGGUCCGCCUAGAGAGGGGGGGCCGUGGAGCAGUCCUGGUGGGCCUGAUCCAGGUCCCCCUUCUUGGAACUCCUACGACCAGCAGCCUCCGUGGGGGAACCAGCCUGAGCAGCCCCCCUGGGGCCAACGGGAGCCACCCUUUCCCCCUCGCAUGCAGAGGCCACCUCACUUCAGAGGCUCCUUCCCCCCCCAUCAGCAGCCGCCUCCCUUCAACCAGCCACCGCCGCCGCCACACUCUUUCGGACGCUUUCCAUCACGCUUCAUGCAGGAUGACUUUCCUCCCAGGCAUCACUACGACCGGCCGCCAUACACGCCGCAUCGCUUCGACUACGCUCAAGGGGACUUUCCCAGAGACAUGCCGGGUCCGGGUCCACCCCCACCCCACCAUGCGAACCAGAGGCUCCCUCCCUCCGGCAUGGGGGGUGAUCAUCCGCCAUGGGGGGGAGCCCAGCACCCAGACUUUGGGCCACCCCCACACGGCUUCAACGGCCAUUCGCCGCACGUACGCCACCGGCAACCUCCGGCGCCGGACGACCCAAGCCUGGUGCCCAAUGUUCCAUAUUUCGACCUUCCUGCCGGUCUCAUGGCGCCGCUGGUCAAGCUGGAGGACACGGAGUAUAAAGCUCUGGAUCCUAAAGACAUCCGCCUGCCACCCCCUAUGCCUCCCAGCGAACGCCUGCUUGCCGCAGUGGAAGCCUUCUACAGCCCCCCGUCCCACGACCGGCCCCGCAAUAGUGAAGGUUGGGAGCAGAACGGACUGUACGAGUUCUUCCGGGCUAAGAUGAGAGCACGCAGGAAAAAAGGCCAAGAGAAGCGCAACAGUGGGCGGGGCACCAGCCGCUCCAGGAGCCGCUCGGGCAGCCGCGGCAGGUCCUCCUCCCACUCUAGCUCGCGCUCUUCCAAGUCCAGGUCCAGGUCACGAUCCCGCAGUCGCUCGCGGUCCCGCAGUCGCUCACGCUCCUAUUCACGUUCCAGGUCCAGGAGUCGAUCCAGGUCGUCAAGGAGUCGCUCGCGCUCCAGGUCGCGUUCACGCUCCCCCACCAGGAGGCGCCAUGGCCAUAAAUCCCGCAGCUCUUCACCUCCCUCCACGUCAGCAGCGGGCAGUGCCCCCUCCAAAGGGCCGCCAGACUCCCGCUUGGGCGAGGAGAAUAAAGGCCAUCAGCUGCUCAUGAAGAUGGGCUGGAGCGGGUCAGGCGGUCUUGGCGCCAAGGAGCAAGGGAUCCAGGACCCCAUCAAAGGAGGCGACAUCCGCGACAAGUGGGACCAGUACAAGGGAGUGGGCGUGUCUCUGGACGACCCCUACGAGAACUAUCGCAGGAACAAGAGCUACAACUUUGUGGCUCGCAUGAAGGCGCGGGAGGAAGUGAACAGAGAACCUCAGGAGGCCCCACCCACUGAGUGAUGUCAUCAAAGAUUGUUAAGUGUAGUGAUGGAUGUUGCUGGUCCACAUCAUUCUCCUCAUGUUUAACCGCCUUUUACUUUUCACAACUUUUAAAUCUGCAAACCACAUCUCACUAACAUUUGUUUGUCUUCUGCUAUGCGGCAAAAACUACUUUCAUUGUGUGUGUGUUGUUUUUUUUUUUUUUUAAUGUUACCCGCAUUUAGUGUUAGUAUUGGAGUAAAUUCCACAGGCAUAAAAUAAGGUCAUGCUGUGGCAACAGAAGUAAAAUAAACUGAACUCACAUUCAUAAACGUGUAUUUUCUCUUCAACAACAUUGUUGCACUUUAUUGGUUUCUAAUGUUUUGGUUUCCUUGUUCAGUUGCAAUUUGCUCAACAGUGUAUUUUUCAAUAAAUAUUCAAUUGAGAUCAAUUCAAAAAGAGACGGCUGAGGGAAGUUGAAAAGCGGCAGUUUGCACAUAAAAACACAGAAAACGUGUUAAAGUGGAUUUUGUGCAGAAGAAAGUGUUAACAAAACUAAAAGAAAUGCAUGUAAACCCUGACAGAAUCAAUGUGUCAAAAUUGCAUCUAAGUUUAAUUUUAGUCUUCUGACGCAGUACCUUAUGUAGCCACCAGGGGGCAGUGUAGUCAAAUAUAAACAUCACCUUAGCUAUGUCGUCAAGACCAAGGACUCUGUAGGUAAAACAACCGUCGAUGGGUAUGCACUUCCGUAGUAUGCCUUGAGCGGGUUUGGCCCCCAUGAUGGUGAGCCGAAUCCAAAAAACAUUGCAUUGUAAACAUGUCCUCUGCACACUGCUCAGCCAUUAAUUGCGCUCAUAGACGGUCCAAAAGACCAGAUUUGUCAUUUUUCAAGUUCCCCAAAAACAAAGACAGGUAUGUGUCAUAAAAAUGUUGUAGAUUUAUAACACUGGUUGUGAAUAAACAGGAGAGUGGACAAGACUUAAAGUGUAUAUUGUGUGGGACUCCCACACAAUAUAGAUUAAAGCUAAUAGGAUUCUCUGGGUGAUUAGUUGAUAAUUUAGAUUAUACUAUCAAAUGAAUUACCAAUGCCAUUACUGAAAUAAAUGUUGUAUGGUGUAAAUACCUCCAGUUAAAUAUCCAUAUAAUAUAGUUCUUUUUAAUCAAAUUUUUGUUGUUUCUCAUGGAUAAGAAAAAAUAACCAGAUUUAAAAAAAUGAAUUUACUGGAAUGGUAAUUAAUGGAUUAGUGGAAUGGUAAUGAAUGUGUGGUCCUGCCUGCACUUGCAGGCUAUUUUGUUAUAUUGUUAUUGUUUAAUUAUGUACAUAGUGAAU